GUUUUAUCUGGCACUAAUGGUACAGGGAAGCGAACCCCACGUUAGGUCUAAUGUUUACAAAUUCGCGUAGAAUUUAGUACACUUUUCGUCGACUACUUUUUAAAAAUCUAGUUCUAGUAUAAUUUUCAAUCGCAUUAAAAAAGUUACAACAAUGGACAGUGAUGACGAAGAAACUCUACAGUUUCACGAAAUGGGUAUAGACGAUAGAAUUUUAGAGGCUAUUUCAAAGCUAGGAUGGUCUCAACCAACUCCUAUUCAAGAGAAAGCCAUUCCGUUGGCAUUACAAGGCAAAGACAUUUUGGCAAGAGCCCGCACUGGUUCUGGCAAAACAGCAGCAUAUGCUAUUGCUGUAAUUCAGAAACUUCUUCAUAUAAAACAGACUGCAUCCUUGCAAGCUACAAGAGCAAUUAUAUUAACACCCUCAAAAGAACUGUGCAGUCAAGCUCGUAGAAAUAUACUGGAAUUGACAACUGGAUGUUCCAGAGAUAUAAAAUGUGUAGACAUCUCACCCCAGGCUCCUUUAGCUUCUCAAAGACCAUUGUUAAUGGAAAAGCCUGACAUUGUAGUUGCCACACCAAGUAGAUUGUUGGCGCAUGUUCGAGCUGGGAAUAUUAAUGUAAAAGACACAUUAGAAAUCUUGGUGGUGGAUGAGGCGGAUCUUGUUUUCUCCUUUGGAUAUGAAUCUGAUGUGAAGGAAUUGCUAGAUAACUUUCCAAAGAUUUAUCAAGCUUUUAUGAUGUCUGCUACACUUGGGAAAGAUGUAAAUGCCCUUAAAAAGUUGGUUCUUCAUAAUGCAGUAAUUUUAAAGCUGGAUGAGUCUCAGUUACCUGAAACAGAACAACUUAACCAGUAUCACAUUAAGUGUGAAGAGCAUGACAAGUUUGCAUUAGUCGCUGCCUUAAUCAAGCUCAACCUAAUAAGAGGGAAAACCUUGUUUUUUGUCAACUCAGUCAACAAAUGCUACUUGUUAAAGUUAUUUCUUGAGCAGUUUGGUAUACGAGCGUGUGUCCUUAACUCAGAACUUCCAGUCAACUCUCGAUGUCACAUAGUAAACCAGUUCAACGAAGGCCUAUACGAUUACAUAAUUGCAUCUGAUGAAUCAACAUCAGUUUCCUCUAAACAAUCAGAUAGUAAACCCAAAAGGGUGAAAAAAGAUAAAGAGUAUGGUGUCUCCAGGGGAAUUGACUUCUACAAUGUCUCCAAUGUGAUUAAUUUUGAUUUUCCCCCAAACCCAGAAUCCUACAUACACAGAGUUGGAAGGACUGCAAGAGCAGAUAAUCCCGGCACAGCUUUAUCUUUUGUGAGUAUCAAAGACAAUGAAAAGCUUCUAGAAGUGGAACUGGCACUAAAGACAGAAAAUGCCGCUAGUGACGAGCCUGUGUUUAAACCUUACAACUUUAAGAUGGAAGAAAUAGAAGGCUUUCGUUACAGAUCAAAGGAUGCUCUGCAGGCUGUAACUCGAACUGCAAUACAGGAAGCAAAGAUGAAAGACAUUAGACAGGAAAUUUUGAACUCAAAUAAACUUAGGUCCUAUUUUGAUGAUAACCCACAAGAUCUCCAAGUCCUAAGACAUGAUAAGCCCCUUCAUGCUGUGAAGACGACCAAGGAGCUGAAACAUGUGCCUGAAUAUAUAGUUCCUGAUAUUUUGAAAAGUGUAAAACCCAGAGUUAAAACUUCAAAUGAAGCUCACAGUGCUAGAUACAAAAUGGGCAGACCUGUGUCUCAAGCAGAGAAAAAAUUCAGGAAGAGGAAAGCUGAUCCCCUGAAGAGUUUUGAAUUUGCUGGCCUCGCUGACAAAAAAAAGAAAAAGAGAAAAUAAAACUUGUGAUUUUUAAAAAUCAAA